AUUGUUGGCGGAUCCAAAGACCAUCGCUAUGCUCUCCUCUCGAUCUGGAUUUCUGUUCCCCCCUGAAGAAACCUCCACUUGGGCUUCGUUGAUGGCAAGAGAUCUCUCUCUUGGACCAUCAGAUGCGCCAUGCCCGAUGGAGACGUCGACGGUGCACGGCGAUUUCUUCUUCAGGGCAACGGCUCUUCCUCCUAGAAAAGCUUUGUCUUCAUGUCUCUUUGCCUCUGCUGCGGACCACGGUCAUUGCCCGGUAUCGCCGAAUAAUCAAUCGCCGGAGAUGCUUUCUUCAUCGCAGAUCUCUCUUUCAUUUCCGGUCAGCCGCCGCAUCUGCUUUCUCCCUUGCAAUGCAGUUGCAAGAUUAGGGUUUCGUCUGGUGGGCCUUGUCCCCAAUUUCGGCCCAACACCAAUUAUGAAGCCCAAGCCCACUUCUAUUAAACCCAGGUCUGCUACUUUAUUUAUUUUGUCAAUCGUUAAGCAAGGUCUGUGUCGACUUCACGUUUUCAAUGGUCAAGGACGCCAUAUGAAGCUUAAUUCACCACCUUCGUUGCUUUGGAUUAACAAUCACUCUCAGAGAAUCCUGGUUUUUGCUUCAACUAUGGCUAUGAUCUAUGAUUCCAAAAGCUUGAAGUCUUAUGGUUUUUUGUUCCCAAUCUCAAUUUGUCGGAGUUUUGAAGGCAGUCAUGGAAUAUCUGUGACUAAGUUUCACUCUAUGACAAUCCUAUCUAACAAUUUCAAGCACCAUCCAAUCACCAUCGAUAGUUUAUCUCGUUUGGUCCGUUUGCUUCAUUGUUUGAGUCUGGUCUUGAAUCGUUUGGAGUUAAUUUCUCUUUGGAAGUGUCCUAGAGUGUUGCUGCCCGUGCCAAGUAUUAUUAAUUUCCUAUCAAGUUCCCUCCCUUUAGCACCCUCUAACUCUGUCUUGGCUGGUAAUGGACGCCACGCUAACAGAGUAAUGGUUUGUUUAGGCUGGAUUGAUAGUUACCUUUGUCGAGAUCAGAUGCUAAGUUUACUUUGGACUCUAUCCGAGACUCUCUUACCCAACCAUAGGCAAUUGGCCUUUAGAGUUAAGAAGACCGGUAUUAUGACCCUGUCUCUACGGAGUAGGUGUUACCGAAGCUUUUUCAACUCUCUACCUACCCAUUCACCAAUUAUCGAGUUCAGUCAUGUGUUAAUCUAUUGCUUGGAUAAUUUGCAAUCUUCUGGUAGGUUGGAAAAGUACGGCAUUAUGACCAUGUCUUCAAGAGGUGGUUACCGUCUCUUUUUCAACCUCGUUAACCCGUCAGCCUCCUCCGCGGAGCACCUUUCCAAAAGCUCGGAUGCAUUGUUUGCAAGAGCCACUUAUGACCACAAGGUGGUCGAGGAUUUCGCGAAGCCCGCCUUCAUGGUCGAAUCCGCUAAGGCCUCAACAGAUUUUUCAAUCAUUGGAAAACUCAUGAAGCUUCUAUCUUUAUUUCCCUGUAUUAUCCUAGUUUCAUUGUGUAUGAACUUCCCUCUUUUGAGGUUUUAUUGAAUGAAGAUCUUUGUUUGACAAAAAAAAAAAAAAAAAAAAACAUGAAAACCAUAAUGGUCAGUGAUAUAUUUUUGUAUGUAUAAUAUAGGUCAAUAUAGAUGCACACUCAUU